GCUGCGUCACGGCCGUCACGGCCACCGCCGCCAAGUGACCCACCGCACGAUGACUGCACGAACACGAUACUCGGAUAGCGGCGGCGGCGGCGGCGGCGGCGGCCUGGCUUGCCUGGGCCUCCCGUGGGCGCCACGCGGUGCCGCCGAGCUGCCAUGUGCGUCACGCCGCCGCCGUCACCGCCUUGCUCAGCGGCCGUGGUGUGGCGCGCCGCGGGGCGGCCGUGUGCUGGGCGGCGCGGCCGGGCAGGGCGUGGGACUGGCCGCCGAGGCGCUGUUCCCUGCGACAGGAGUUAAAGGACAAGACAGGCAGGACAGGGCGGGCCAGGCGGCGCGGCGCGGCGCACCGCUCGUGUGUGUCUUGUCGCCUUGGGAGGGGCGGGAAUGUAGGGUAAGGCGUGACGGGGUGGCAGGCGGCGGUGGGCGGGGCGGGGCGGGGCGGGGCGGGGCGUGCCGUCACUAGGCUGAGGCGCCGCCGCUACCCGCCACACUCCUUCGCCCACGUCCAUGACCGACGGUCGCCAUCAGCGCGCCCGCCCGCGGCAGCCUUGGUGCCGCGCCGCCCGCCGCUCCGCCCCACGCCCCUCGCCCACCGCGCCGCGCCCCGCAGAGUGAGGCCGCCGCCGCAGCAGGUGGCGGGCGUGCCCUCCGCCGCGCCCUGUAUGUGGCCGCCCCCCGCGCCGCCUCCGCCGCCACCACCACCAUGUCCUCGAGCGGCACCAGCAGCCCCCCGCCGGCGGCCCCAGAGGCAGCGUCCUCCCCAGGCCCGCCGCCCCAAGCCCCGCCCAGCCCCGCGGGGCAGCCAGCCGGUGAGGGCGUGACCCCCCCAGCAGGAGCUCUCACGGAGGUGCGGCUGGUGGGCGGCGGCCGCGUCGCCACCCGCCUGGCGCCACACAACACUCCCACCGCCUCGCCGCUGCUGCCCCGCGACGAUGGCUACUGCUCCUCAGACUCAACGCCCAAGGCCGCAGGUAACGCUGGCACGCUCCCUGGCACGCUCCCUCACCCUGCCCGCUGCUCCUCAGCCUCCACGCCCAAGGCCGCAGGUGAGCGGCGCGUGGCUGGGGUGCUGCCUCUCCCCCGGGGACCCCUCACCACCACGCCUGACGCUCCCCAGGGCGAGAGAACAGCCUCGGACGGUGACUCAGGGGUGGGCGAGAAUGUCCCCGUGGCCGCCGUCGCCCCUAGGACCCCCACGGCUGCCCAGGGUGGGUGCGGCGCUCCCCCUGGGUCCCCUGUUCCCCCAGGCGUGGGUGGCGGCGUGCCUGACGACGGGCGCGAGUCCUGGGGCAAGUCUAUGGAUUUCCUCCUGUCCAUCAUCGGCUUCGCGGUGGACCUGGCCAACGUGUGGCGCUUCCCCUUCCUCUGCUACAGGAACGGCGGAGGCGCCUUUCUGCUGCCGUACUUCCUGAUCACGGUGUUCGGCGCCCUGCCCCUCUUCUUCAUGGAGCUGGUGCUGGGUCAGUACAACAGGCAGGGCCCCAUCACCGUCUGGAAGAUAUGCCCCUUCUUUAGAGGCGUGGGUUACUGCGCCGUGCUGGUCGCCUACUUCGUGAGCUUCUACUACAACGUGAUCAUCGCCUGGUCCAUCUACUUCGUGUACGCCUCGUUCAGCUUCACCUUGCCCUGGACCUCCUGCAACAACACCUGGAACACCAAGGACUGCUGGGACGGCCUUACCUCCGAGGAGCCGCGGCCGAACAUAUCCAGGCUCAUGUCGCCCUCCGAGGAGUAUUUCAACAACGUGGUCCUUCAGCUGCACAAGAGUGACGGCUUCGAUGACCUCGGCCCGCCCCAGCCCGGCCUGGUGGUGUGCGGGAUCAUCACCUACUUCAUCCUCUACCUCUCGCUUUUCAAAGGCGUCAAGUCGUCAGGCAAGGUGGUGUGGGUGACCGCCACGAUGCCCUACGUGAUCCUGACGUUGCUGCUGAUUCGCGGGGCGCUGCUGCCCGGGGCUGCCGACGGCCUGCUCUACUACAUCAAGCCCUCCAUCUCGGCGCUCUCAGACCCCAAGGUGUGGUACGAGGCGGCCGUGCAGGUGUUCUUCAGCGUGGGGGCAGGGUUUGGCGUGCACCUGGCCUACGCCUCCUACAACACCUUCAACAACAAUUGCUACCGGGACUGCCUCAUCACCAGCGUGGUCAACGCCUUCACCAGCUUCUACUCCGGCCUGGUCAUCUUCACCUACCUCGGCUACAUGGCGUUCAAGCAGAAGACGGAGAUCAGCGAGGUGGCGAUUGACGGCCCCGGGUUGGUGUUCCAGGUGUACCCCGAGGCAGUGGCCACGCUCCCCGGGUCACAGGUCUGGUCCUGCCUCUUCUUCCUCAUGCUCAUCGCGCUGGGCCUCGAUUCCGGCAUGGGCGGGCUGGAGUGCGUCAUCACGGGCUUGAUGGACGAGCUGCAGCGGACCUUCGGGAGGCGGGUCAUCCGGCGGGAGGUGUUCACGGCGCUGGUGGUGGGCUCCUCCUUCCUCGUGUCCAUCACCAACUUCUGCCAGGGCGGCAUCUAUGUGUUCCACUGGCUGGACACAUACUCAGCGGGCAUCUCUCUGCUGUGUUCCGCCCUGUUUGAAGCUGUGGCUGUGUCCUGGUUCUACGGCCUGCGUCGGUUCUGCGCGGACAUUCAGCACAUGCUUGGCUUUCGGCCGCGGCUGUACUGGCGGGUGUGCUGGAAGUUCGUGUCCCCGCUCUUCAUCCUCAUCACAAUCUUGAUCGGGCUCCAGAUCCAGAUGUCGGACCACCUGGAGUACAACGGGCCCACCAUCUACCAGUACCCGCGGUGGGCCGAGGCGGUGGGCUGGUGCGUCACGGCGUCCUCCAUGGCCAUGAUCCCCCUCUGGAUGGUCAUAAGCAUGUGCAGGCGACGCGGCACUUGCAAGGAGAAAUUCCUGCUGAGCCUGACGCCGGAGGAGGAGCACCAGAAGGUUCUGCAGACGGGUGACGCGCCCUGCCUGGAAUGGAGUCACUGGCUAUACAUCUAACAGACACCUCACCUGCCAUGUCUGUUUACCUGUGUGUGUGUGUGUGUGUGUAGGUGUGCGCGUGCGGGUGUGUAUCUUUCUAUAUCUGUCUGCCUGUCUCUGUCUGUCUGGGAUGGAGUCACGGGCUCUACAUUUACCAGACACCUUACCUGUCCUCACCUGCCCUGUGUGUGUGUGUGUAAGUGCGUCCGUCUAACUAUCUAUCUGUCGGUCUGUCAAUGUAUCUGGUUGUCUGUCUGAAGUCGAUAAAUCAUGUUCUUACAGUCACUAUGAAUCCCAGUCACUUUCCAGUCACCCAAAACCGUACAGUCAUUGCUUCAGUCAUAGCGCUGCCAGUUAGUCCAACGUCAGCCAUCCUGAACUCCAUGUAAGGCGUGAUUCCAGCCAUCCAGUCGGUCAGUCAGGCAGUCAACCAGUCAGUCAGUCAGUUUUGCUUUUGUCGUGUGUGUGUGUGUGUGUGUGUGUGUGUGUGUGUGUGUGUGUGUGUGUUGUGUUUGCGUGCAGUAAAACUACUUUUAUGAUUAUUAUUAUUAUCAUUAUUAUUAUUGGUAUUACUAUUACUAUUAUUAUUAUUAUUAUUAUUAUUAUUAUUAUUAUUAUUAUUAUUAUUAUUAUUAUAUGACAGAAAGGACUGAGGGGGAUGUCAAAAUAUAUAAUUAUUAUUAUUAUUACUAUCAUUACUGUUAAUAUAAUUAUUAUACAUUUCAUUAAUAUUAUUAUUAUUAUUAUUAUUAUUAUUAUUAUUAUUAUUAUUAUUAUUAUUAUUAUUAUUAUUAUUAUCAUUAUCAUUAUUAUUAUUAUUAUGAUGAUGAUGAUAAACUCUGUGUGCAUGUGUGUGUGUGUGUGUGUGUGUGUGUGUGUGUGUGUGUGUGUGUGUGUGUGUGUUUGUCUCUCUCUCUCUCUCUCUCUCUCUCUCUCUCUCUCUCUCUCUCUCUCUCUCUCUCUCUCUCUCUCUCUCUCUCUCUCUCUCUCUCUCUCUCUGACGUAUAUAAUUAUAAUCAUGGACACAUUUAGAUGAACACAGUAAUGAUUACAGAUACAUACAAUAUUUUACUAAGUUUCGUCAAAUAUGAUAACAAUAUAAUA